AUGUCCACGUUUGGAGGAGGAACACUCGAGAAGCUCUCGCGAGUUUCAAUGGCACCUCUCGCUAGGAUGGACAGAAAAAACAGGAUACUUGCCUACGCAUAUGCUGGCUUCUUCGCUAUCUUCCUGUUGAUUGUUGCAAUGGUUAAUCUAGGACACCAGUUCCUCCCAGCAGCGCCUGCCAUUAGGCUGAAGUAUAAGGAAGCCUCGCCAUACGACCCACGAAAGGUAGCACUCCUUAUUGAGAAUCGACCAUCGCCGCAACUCAUUCCACUGCUGCUGCAUUUUACCGCAGUCAUUCCAAACGAUUGGCGGGUCAGGUUCAUGGGUUCGAAAGAAUCAAUGGCUUCGGUCAACAGCUCGUUGGCCGUCCAGGAUCAAGUGAACAUCGGAAAGAUGGAUCUUACCUACAUUCCUAGCAACAUGAGUGUUGCCGGGACAGAACAAAUCAGUACAUUCUUGACCAACCUCUGGGUCUACGAAACUCUUUUGGCGCCCGCGGAGUGGCUGCUCGUUUUCCAAACAGACAGCAUGCUCUGUGCAAAUUCGGAACAAAGUCUGAACGACUGGCUCGACUACGACUAUGUUGGUGCUCCCUGGAGCCUGAAAGACAAAGGUGGUGGUAAUGGUGGACUCUCGCUUCGCAAAGUCAGCAGUAUCAUCGAAGUUUUGAAGCAUCAGGUACGCUUGCCAAACAGUGAGCCUGAAGACGUUUGGCUCUGCAACCGCCUGAAUCAGCGAGUGGGGGCAAAGGUUGCCAAUGGUACCAUGGAGAACAAGUUUUCGGGAGAGAUGAUCUCCUCGUAUAGUCCUAUGGGAUAUCAUCUUGGAGGUUCCGGCAAAGUCUUGCACGGUGGUAGCUGGGGUACACCGGAGAAGAGAGAACGCAUCUACUCAUGGUGUCCAGAAGUCAAGAUGAUCUUGAGUAUGGAUGGCAAACAUUGGUUGCCCGGUGAUUGCAAAGCAAACUGGAAGAGAACAGAGGAGGAGGAAGAGUUCGAACUUAUUCCAUUCUGA